AUGCCUAAUGCAUCGAAUUCAACACUGCCUGAUAUCAUUACUGUGCAGAUUCUUGCCCUAGCUGCAACUAAACUUUGCAAAUAUUUUCUUGCUGCAUUUGGGGGCUAUGUUUUGAUACCCAGCGAACGUGGCAGCGAACGAGAUGCCGUGACCGUGGGUCCCUACGGGCAGUCCCAGCCCAGCUGCUUCGACCGUGUCAAGAUGGGCUUUGUCAUGGGGUGCGCCGUGGGCAUGGCGGCCUGGGCGCUGUUCGGCACCUUCUCCUGUCUCAGGAUCGGAAUGCGAGGUCGAGAGCUGAUGGGUGGCAUUGGGAAAACCAUGAUGCAGAGUGGCGGCACCUUUGGUACAUUCAUGGCCAUUGGAAUGGGCAUAAGAUGCUAAUCAGGGCAGUGAUUGCCUGCA